AUGGGAAUCUGGACGACUAUAGCCGCGGCCGUGGCCGCGGCACUGGCUUACUUCACGGCUCGACUUCUCGCCUCGCGAAGGCAACUACGGAUGCUGCAAAGGGCGGGUCUGCCCAUGCCAGACGCUCAUCCCGUCUUCGGCCAUCUGCUCCUUCUGAAAAGAGUUGCGGCGGCGCUCCCAGCUGACACCAUUAUGCACAAUGUCGUGUGGAAAAUUGCACGGGAGCUUUUCCCCGGUGGUGUUUACUACCUGCAUCUAUGGCCCUUCAGCCAGACGCUUCUCAUCGUGGCUGAUGCCCAUAUGGCGACCCAGGUCGAAGGUCUCGGCCUGGGCAAGGGCGAUAAUCUCGUGAAGCCCAUUGAGACAAUCACUGGCGGACCCAGCCUAAUGACCAUGGACGGAGCGACUUGGAAGCGAUGGCGUCGUCUGUUUAGCACCGGCUUCAGCGCAGGGUACCUCGUCAGCCUCGCUCCGACCAUUGCCGACGAGGUGGCCACCUUUCGUGAUCUCUUGAUCAGGAAGUGUCAUGAAGCGCCUGGUGGACGAAGUGAGGUGUUCCAAAUGGAAGAGAUGACAGUGCGGAUGACGUUCGAUGUGAUCGGACGUGUCGUGCUGGACACUCGUCUGGACUACCAGCAACGCAACAACCCGCUAGCAGUGGCCUUGCGGUCGUCGAUCGAAUGGACCUCGUGGCGUGGCCAGCUGAAUCCUGUGACCAAGUAUCUGACCAUCCGUCCGAUCGUGCACUGGUUCAACAGCCGGGCCAUGAAUCAAUACAUUGGCCAUGAGAUCGACAAGCGCUUCGCGGAGCGCCUCAGAGGGGGGACCAAAGAGAAAUCCGAUGACCAGGAUUUGAAAGACACCAAUAGGCAGUCCAAGUCCAUCGUCUCCCUCCUGAUAGAUGACCUCCUUCUUGAGGCGGGCAGCGAGGACGGAAACCAUGUCAAGGAGGCUGUCAAGUCAGCCAUGACUUCGCAACUGCGCGCCUUCCUGUUCGCAGGUCACGACACGUCCAGCAGUGCGCUGACCUACUCGUACUACUUACUCUCAAAGCACCCCGCGAGCCUCGACCGCCUCAUAGCCGAACAUGAUGCUGUGUUCGGGGCUGAGCCUGCUGGCACCCAGGCCCAGAUCCACGCAGACCCAUACAAGCUCAACCAGCUCCCCUACACCACAGCCCUCAUCAAAGAGACCAUUCGCCUCUUCCCACCCUCCGGAUCAAUGCGAGUCGGUCGCCCGGGGGCCUUCCUCGUGGACGAGACUGGACGCCGCUUCCCGACGGAAAAUUGCAGCGUCUGGACGUUGAGCCUAGCAAUCCACCACGACGCGCGCUACUGGGCCGAGCCCGAGUCCUUCCUCCCGGAGCGGUGGCUCGUGGGGCCCGAUGACCCGCUCUACCCCGGGGGCACGUCGGGCGGCGCUGCGUGGCGGCCAUUCGAACACGGUCCGAGAAGCUGCAUAGGGCAGUCGCUGGCGCUGCUGGAGCUGAAGAUCGCGCUGGUCCUCACGGCGCGCGAGAUCAACGUGAUGCCGGCGUACGAGGAGUGGGAUGCUCUGCACCCGAAGAAAGGCUCGGGGGGCAAGCUUGUAAACACUGUGGAUGGGAAUCGCGUUUAUCAAGCGGAGAAAGGGGCGGCGCAUCCCGCAGAUGGCUUUCCUGUGAGGGUGGAAUUGAGGAGGCGUUGA